AACAAACUGAGAUAUUAAAAUAACAAUUUCGCACCCCUCAUGUCACAUGCGGAUAUAAUCCAGGAUUUACUGAAAUUACGGCCCAAUCUUUUUGACGAGGACCUGGGCGAGUUGGAUGUUCAGACAAAGCUGAUAAAUGGCGAGACAGACAUGAUAAAGUCUGUGAUAAGCAACAUUGAGCAUCAGAUACGCGUAAAGAAGGAGGGUAUAAACGAGAACUUGAAAAAAAUCAAACUUAACCGGCAGAUGCCCUACCUGGUCGGAAAUGUCGUUGAAAUUUUGGAUGAUGAUGAGAAUGAGGAGAAGAAGAGUGCGGUUGUGAGCACCAGCACACGUGUAACCUCAUUCUUGCCCAUGAUUGGGCUUGUGGAGGCCAAGGACUUAAGGCCGGGUGAUAUGGUGUCUCUGCACAAGGAAACAAAUGUUAUCUUUGAGAAGCUGCCGCCCGACUACGACAACAGGGUUAAAGCAAUGGAACUGGAUGAGAAACCGACUGAAACGUACGAAGACAUCGGUGGACUGGAGAGACAGAUCAUGGAGCUGACUGAGGCGCUUGUAUUGCCCAUUACGCAUCCAGAAAGGUUUAGAAAAUUGAACAUAAGACCACCCAAGGGAGUAUUGAUGCAUGGUCCGCCAGGUACAGGCAAGACACUUAUGGCACGUGCGUGUGCGGCUAGGAGCGAAACUACGUUUAUGAAGCUGGCAGGGCCGCAGCUUGUGCAGAUGUAUAUUGGAGAUGGCGCCAAGCUGGUGAGAGACGCGUUCAAGCUGGCAGUGGAGAAAAAGCCAACAAUAAUUUUUAUUGAUGAAAUUGAUGCGAUAGGGACCAAGAGAACUGAGUCGGAUAGGACCGGUGACAGAGAGGUACAACGAACCAUGCUUGAGCUACUCAAUCAGCUCGAUGGAUUCUCGUCAUCCGAUGAUGUCAAAAUUAUUGCAGCCACCAACCGUGUGGACAUUUUGGACCCUGCGCUGCUGAGAAGCGGUAGGUUUGAUAGGAAAAUAGAGUUCCCGCUCCCGAACACGGACGGUCGAAAGCGCAUACUGCAAAUACAUGCAAGAAAGAUGUCUGUGAGCGGUAGUGUAAAUUUUGAUGAGCUGGCACGCAGCACAGAAGGUUUUAAUGGUGCACAGUGUAAAGCGGUAUGCGUUGAGGCAGGAAUGGCAGCACUGCGAAAGGAUCACAAGGAAAUUACGCAGAACGACAUGAUUGAUGGCAUACAGGAGGUUAUGGCCAAGAAAAAGAGUGUUUUGAUGUAUUUCACGUAAUUAAAGCGAUUCUUUGGUCCAA